AUGAGAAGACGUCGAUUCCUUGAAACGAAAGAUGAUAGACGGAAACGAUUAGACAAAAUUAAAAUACAUGCUAAUAAGAAGAGAGAAAAUGAAACACUAGAGGAACGUAAAAAGAGAUUGUCGGCUAUGAGAGCUUAUGUAUCAAAAAGACUAACGAACGAAAGUCAAGAAGAUCGUACUCACCGGCUCAGUUUGAUCCAUGAACGCUUAUCAAACGAGACUGAUGAAGCCCGUACUCAACGGCUCAGUUUGAUCCAUGAGCGCUUAUCAAACGAGACUGAUGAAGCCCGUACUCACCGGCUCAGUUUGAUCCAUGAGCGCUUAUCAAACGAGACUGAUGAAGCCCGUGCUCACCGGCUCAGUUUGAUCCAUGAGCGCUUAUCAAACGAGACUGAUGAAGCCCGUGCUCACCGGCUCAGUUUGAUCCAUGAGCGCUUAUCAAACGAGAACGAUGAAGCCCGUGCUCACCGACUCCGUUUGAUUCAAGAGCGACGAUCAAAUGAAUCUGCUACACAACAAUCUCAACGAUUAAGUUACUUACGUAACAGUUCCGCACUAAGGGCUGGUGAACAUGCGUUACAACGACCACGAAAUUUGGAAUCUACAAUGUUAAUAGAGACUACCAGUAUGCUUUGCGGUGUUGAAGAAACAGUGCCGGCCUUAGAAAGUGUUGUGGAUUUCAAUAAUGUAAAUUCAGUAACUGAGUUGAGAUUAGCCGAAAUUAAGAGAAAAACUGCGCCACCGCUGAAUUUUGAACGAGAGCGUCGACUAGAAGAGCUGGCCUGAAUGCGUCAAGCUCAGGGAGAACAAACUCCACAAGGUCUUGUUGAUAAUAUUCACCUCACAAUGAGGAACAUCAGAGGUUCAGCAUCCUAUUGGAGAAAAUGUUGUUCCGAACUGAUUGCAAUGGGGGUAAAGUUGUGGAUUAUUGGCACCGAAUCGAGUUCCAAAAUAGAGGUAGCCCACACCUUCAUAUAUAACGAUACAUUGAAAGCAUUGGUAGAGAACGUACAAAUCCAUAAGCACACUAGCACAUGCUAUAAGAACCGUACUAACCAAUCCUGUCGAUUUGGAUUUCCAAGGGCACCUUGUGAUAAUACUCUUUGUUUAGGACCAGAUGAAGCUUUAGCCAAUAAUGGGCGAUUUUGUAACCUUAGACGAACAGCUGCAGAAGGUAUGGUUAAUAAUUAUAAUGCAGAUUUGUUAGGGCUAUGGGAAGGCAACAUUGACGUGCAACCUUGUGGAAAUGUUACUGCUGUUUCCUAUUACGUUGCGAAAUACGUUAGCAAAUGUGAACCACACGAUAGUGGUGAUGUAAUACGUGAAACAAUUACUAGGGCUAAGAGGCAAGGGGGUACAGUAUGGCAUCAGUUAUUCAAGGUGGCUAUGGCAAUAUUGUCACAACGUCUGGUAAGCGCACCUGAAUGUGCUUUUAGAUUAUGUCAUUUACCUCUUAAGAUGAGUUCACGGAAGGCUGUGUUCGUUAACAGUUGCAAACCUAAUGAAAGAUUUAGGCUUUUACGAGUUGAAGGCAAUGACUCAUCAAUUUAUAACAACAUUUUUGACCGCUAUGUACAAAGACCCGAUGAUCUCGAAAACCUGAGUCUGGCUGAAUUUGCUGUACGCUUUGAGACGGUUUCACAUCCAGCGUGGAAUGAAGAAGAUGGCGACGAGGAAUUGAGAGAAACGCAUAGUGAGCCCCUGCGUUUUAUUAAAUUAAGAGACAACACUCGAAUGCGCAUUCGGAAUAGGCUCGCAGUUCUUCGCACUAGAUACUUUACUAUAAAUAGUGACAAAGAAAGCUAUUAUUAUAGCUUACUUGUAUGCCAUCUACCUUUUCGAGACGAACAUAGCCUUUUACUAGAUAAUGAAACUGCAGAGGCUUGUUUUUUGAGACGGCAAACUGAAUUACGGCCUUUGCAAGCUAAUGUUAGUUCCGAAGAAUUUGCUCAUGCCGAGCAAAUAAUACAACAAGCAUUAGCUCAAGCAACUGCGUUAAAUGCUGCUAGACAAACGCUUGCCAUUGACAAUGAACGGUUACUGUGUGCAGAUGAAGAAGUAAUUAUUAACAUUAAUGACAAUUGCGACGACAAUGGUGAAAGAGUAAUGAUGCCUAAUGACGUAUUCAUCAAUACUAUACGUGGACUUAAUAUACAGCAACAAAAUUUGUUCCAAAAGGUUUCUGUUGCGGUUGAAGCUGAUUUAAAUGGCGCCGAAGAUCAAUUACUGCUUUUUAUAACGGGAGGUGCUGGCAGUGGCAAGUCAUACUUGUUAAAAUUACUUGUAGAGCACAUCGUACGUUGUUACGCCCCGACUGUUGACCCUCUGCUUAAACCGAAAUUUGUGGAAGUAGCAUCAUUAACAGGGGUCGCUGCCCGACAAAUAUUUGGUAAAACUCUGCAUUCUGUAUUUAUGCUUCCUAUUGAGAAGGGCAAUACCAUGACCUAUAAACGUUUAAGUGGAAAUAAGUUAGAACAAGAAAGACGUAGAUGGCGCUAUAUCAAUUGGCUCAUAAUUGAUGAAAUUUCAAUGGUGUCGUAUGAAAACUUGCGGAUCAUACAUUUACGUUUGCAAGAAUACAAAAACAAUGAUAGGUUAUUUGGUGGAGUCAACCUACUACUGUUUGGUGAUAUAUUGCAACUGCCCCCCGUCAAAGGAAACUGGUGCUUUUUACAGCCAUCCUGGUUUGCAGCUGAAAUUAAUUUAUGGCAUCAAUUUUCGUUUUGUGAACUGACAAUAAACAUGCGCCAGCAAAAUGAUGCCGAAUUCAUCGACUUGCUAAAUAACUUGCGGGUAGGAGAAUUAACUACGAGUCAACUUGAAUUGCUAUGUGAACGACGCAGAAUACCUUUGACGGGGGAGUUUGCUGACGGAGUUGCUGUGCGAAUCUUCCCAACCGUUAAACAAGUGGACGACUAUAACGAUUUAAUGACUGCAGAAAAUUCGAAGCUGCAUAAAGUCUACACCAUAACUGCUGUAGACGAGUCUCGUGAAGUCGCCACUUAUGGAAAGACGCCACCACCCAACGUGAUACCGAGGGAUGUUAAUAACUGUGGCGGUUUGUUAUCAACGCUAAAGUUAGGGAAAGAAUCUCGCGUCAUGCUAAGACGAAAUAUAUCGGUUUCGGAUGGUCUUGUAAAUGGCGCAAUGGGUAUAAUUAAACAAUUUAAGUGGCCUGCUCUUCGGAGAGACCAAAUUGAAGAAGGGGAAUUACCGGAAAGUGUGUUAAUUAAAUUUGAUGAUGAAACGAUUGGAAAUAGAAUUAAAGAUGAAAAUGGCUGGGUACCGAUCACUCCUAAUGUUGCAACAUUUCAAGCGACUAAGGGAUACGGAGAUGUCGAGCGCCGAAUGUUACCUUUGAUUUUAAGUUGGGCAGUCACGGUUCACAAGUUACAGGGAACUACACUUGAAAAAGCUGUCAUAGAUCUAGGAAAGAAAAAUUUUGCCAAAGGACAAGUGUAA